UUUUGGAACCCCCCCUUGACGCGAAACAGCUCCCUCGCACGCCCUGUACCUGUACACUACGUACCUACGCUACAGCGCACAGCACCAGCACCAACGCAGUGCAGCGCAACAUAGCGCCAGCCGUGCUGUCCUAGCUACCUCAUAAUAUUAUAAGCUAUUUCAACUCUCUAGAUCCUUGGCUACUGCAAGCUUCCGCUGCUGCCUCUCAACGUUUCUUGUCCCCAUUCAACUGAAUAGGUGUUCAUAUCGAGAAAUAAAUUAAUCACUACCGUCGAACCAUGCGAGAUUUCCUUCUCUACCACCAUCAUCUCCAGCCUUAGCAUAUAGGACUCCAGGCCUUUCGACCCUUGGCGUCUCCGUUCUUUCGCGGUUGCAGAUCAAAAGUGUCGAACUCUGGACUUGGGAAAAGAAGAAGAAAGGGGAAUUAGGAAGCGAAUACAUCCAUUCAGCCUUAAACACAUCAUCGUGGAAUUUGAAAAAUGAACGAAGGUUGGUUGUUUCCUUACGAAUCGUAAAACAUCGACGGGUUGCCGCCUACUAUUAUAAUUAUUCCACCCCUCGAACGUAGCCCCUCGGGCAAUUUUCUAAGAUGCGAGAGCGGGACCCCACCAUGAAGACCACCAGCCUUCCUAGAAAGUUCCUCAGUCGCCGCGAGAAGAAUGGUCACCGCCGUGGAAGGUCGUCUGAUCCCGCCCAUAAGCACCGCCCUUUAUCAUCCGAAGCCUUUUUUUCUUUAUUCAAACCAGAAUCCGCCCGACAAUCUACCAGCGCCGAUUCGGAGCAAGAAAAAGAAGCGAUUCAGAUUGACGACGUCCGACGACGCAUUGCCGACAGAGACUUCCCUGCCCUAAGCGACGACCAAAUCCGAUAUGUACUUAGUUCCAAAUACUCAUCUGGCGAUGUUGGUAAAGCUAUCGAGUUGCUGGUGCUGCAGCAAAAGUCACUCGCCGGCAAGAUACUCAGCUACAACCCAGGUGUUCGCAUGCUCGGCGCCGAAAAUCGGGGAAACGUAACAUGUUAUCUUGAUGCAUUACUCUUCGCCAUGUUUGCUAAGCUUGAGUCUUUCGAAUGCAUGCUUACGAACGACUCGAUGGAAGAACCGCAAAGAAAGUUAGCAGCACUUUUACGACUAUGGGUGAACAUGCUGAGAAGUGGCAAAUUAAUCGAGACAGAUAUGACUGAGCACAUCCAAGACGCAUUAGCCGCAUGUGGUUGGAGGGACGCGCAAUUAUUGGAACAGCAGGAUACUUCUGAAGCAUUUGCCUUUAUUACGGAAACCCUUCAACUUCCUCUCCUUACCCUGCAAGUUGACUUGUUCCACCAAGGCCAAAACGACGAUGCGGACCACAAAGUAGUCUAUGAAAGGCUUCUGAAUCUUGCUGUACCGCCGGAUAAUGACGGCAAAGGAAUCCGAUUGGAAGACUGCCUGGAAGAGUAUUUUAACUCCCAAGUCGAUGUUCUACGAGAUAGUCUUGACGAGAAGAAAACAGCAGAAAGGUCUGAUUCAGCAACAGCUACUCAGUCCCCCAACCCUUCGAACGAAUUCAAAAGCACUAUUCGGGUCGUUACCGAAGAAGAUCAACAAGAAUGUUCCACGCCCGAAACUGAGAGUGGUCCAUCUUUGGAACGAAGAUGGACGGUGGUCCCUGACUUCCGUUCUCCCGAUCCACAAAUAGAUUCCGACGCAGAAGCUUCAGGGUCUCAGUCAAUAUUACGACCUCAUCGAAGUCGAACAGAAAGUAUAAUUCAGCGAGUUGUUCUUGAUGAACAAGGUAAUCCGUCAGAGUCCGAUGCGGCCAGUCUCUUCCAGAGAGCUAAGAAGACAGCGUCUGUCGUUAGAGCUGUGACCAUACCUGCUUGGCAGUUUUUUAGAUUAAUACCUUGGCAUUCGCCAGCAAAUAAGGAGCCCGAGAGUGAUUUGGAGGUUGCUCGACAUUUCAACCAACGGCCAGUUGUUGGUAUAUGCCUUAAACGAUACAUGAUGGACGAAAAGGGCAACAUGAAGCGGCAGAAUACAUACAUUGACAUUCCUGAUAGUUUACGAUUGCCUCACUUUAUCGUUGACGAAAGGCACGUGGAAGAGAGUGGGCUUGCUUCUGAUUACAAGCUUGUGCUCCAGUCUGUAGUCUGCCACAGAGGUGACUCUCUACAUUCUGGGCAUUAUGUUUCGUUCUGUCGCGUGGCACCAAAACUUCUCACUGAUAACCGCAGACACGACAAUGAUCCGCCUCCAGAUUACGAGGAGGCACAAUGGGUCAAAUUCGAUGAUCUUGCUGUCGGGGAUCGUGUAACUCUUGUUGACGAUAUUAAGCAAUCUCUAAAAGAAGAGAUGCCCUAUCUCCUAUUCUACCAGAUUGUCCCCAUAGUUGAAGUGGCUAGCUCGGCUGAGGAUACAGACGUGGAACCUCCUGCGUAUGACGACACAGCGCUUAAUUUAACAAGCUCAGAGACGUCAGCAGCACAUAGUCAAGACAGACUAUCAGUUUCUCGCCAACCCAGUAGCUAUUUCGAUAGCCUAAGUGUUCAGCCGUCCGUCAAUGGCAGUACAAUCCGCUUCUCAGCCGAGCUAGAGCGACCGCGGCGCAGUUUUGCGGACGAGGAUGGAUUUCUCAGCGUGUCUCGUCGAGGUAGUAUCUACAACGAUUCAAGCGUCCCCAGCCCAGCAAUAACUCCAGAAGCACCUUCGCCAGCCGUUACGCCCGGAGAAGAAACCACGGCGCAGAGGCUCAGUCGAGCCGCUGCACGGUUUAGAGGUGGUAAUAAGAGCAGGUCCCAAAGCCAAGCUGGUGAAAAUCGCAAAAGCCUGACAGUCACAAGAUUUGGGGGGUUCAUGAAAUCAAGCAAGGAGCCGUUACGAGAUACGACAUCAACGGAAACCGAGGAAGAUUAUGAAUUCAUUGAGGAUGUCAACAAAAACGGAGCGAAGGGGAACGAUCAAGAUGCAACCCCUACGCAAAAGCGGGGAAAGUCGAAAAUACCAUUCGACAAAGGCAAGGUGAAGGAUAAAAAAAUAAAUAUGCCAGACAGGGAAUGCAUUGUCUAUCCUUCAUUACGUCUCGGAACCUAA